GAUGAAGACGUGCUAAUAUAUUGGAUUAGCAAAUGAGAGACAAAUAAAAAUAAUUGGUUGAUUCAUGCAUGAAGAUGCCGCUAGAAUAAUUAUUUGUGGCCGUCCUUGUGAGUAUAGAUUUAAAAAUUGAUAUAGCGUGUAUAUCACAUUUGCUCCUCAUAGUCGUGGUUGUCUUAUCUCUCCUUGCUCCGAUCAUCAUGGCUGAAUCUAGCAAAUCAUCGACGCCGGAAGCGAACGUGCACAUCAUCUACACCGAGAAGCCUACCAAUGAGGAACCUAAAGACUAUCAUCUACGCACACUCUCCUCCGUUCUUGGCAGUGAAAAAGCUGCUAAGGACGCAUUGGUAUACAGCUACAAGGAAGCUGCGUCUGGUUUCUCAGCUAUGCUCACCCCUGAGCAAGUCGCCAAGAUCUCCAAAAAACCAGGUGUGAUUCAAGUUGUGUCAAGCCAAACCUACCAGUCGCCCAAACCUGUUGGUGAAAGAGUUGUUGCUGCAACGUCCGAACCGAAGGUUCACAUCAUCUACACAGAGAAGCCUACCAAUGAGGAACCCAAAAAGUAUCAUCUCCGUAGACUCUCCUCCGUGCUUGGCAGUGACAAGGCUGCAGAGGAGGCCCUAAUAUACAGCUACAAGGAAGCUGCCUCUGGUUUCUCAGCUAAGCUCACCCCUGAGCAAGUAGCCGAGAUCUCCAAACAACCAGGUGUGGUUCAAGUUGUGUCGAGCCAGACCUAACAUUACCCAAACUUGUUGGUGGUGGUUUCAAGUUGACCUAAAUUUAUGUCUGUCUUAUUCAAAUUCUGCUGAAAUAAUUCUCUUGCUUUACA